AUGUUGGUUAAAUGUAAAACAAAGGGAUCCCGCGUCAAGGGUGUCGUGUUUCACCCUCGACUCCAUUUCCUUUUGGCUUCCUUACACACUGGAGAUAUCCAAAUGUGGGAUUAUUUGAACGGCACUCUUGUGGAAGUUUUCAAAGAGCACGAUGGCCCAGUUAGAGGAAUCGACUUUCACGUCGAGCAGCCGCUGUUCGUCACAGGAGGUGACGACAGAUGCGUUAUAGUGUGGGAUUUUACACUGAGAAGGAAGCUGUUUAAACUAGAAGGACACCUGGACUACGUUAGAACAGUUCAGUUCCACACUAAGUACCCGUGGGUCAUGUCGGCCUCAGACGACCAGAACAUUCGUAUAUGGAACUGGCAAUCCAGGAGUUGCAUAUCGGUAAUAUCAGGCCAUAACCACUACGUUAUGAGCUCGCUCUUUCACCCUACGGAGAACAUGAUCAUAUCGGCCAGUCUGGACCAUACAGCUAGAAUUUGGGACAUAUCGUACCUGGUGGAGAAGAAGUGCUCACUUAAGCCGCCAGCGCAGCCUAAUAGCUACGUCAUGGAGACGGGAAACUCAAUGUCUAACAGCGAACUCGAUUUGGGAGCAGUUUCGGACGUGAUAUGCCUACACACGCUGACAGGCCACAGCAGCGGAGUGAAUUACGCAAUAUUCUUCGGAGCGAACCUGGCAAUAACAGCAGGAGAUGACUGCAGCAUUAGAAUUUGGAGAUACACGGAGUUCUCGUUUUACCAAACGAACAUUUUGAGAGAACACGAAGAUAACGUGACCUGUUUGCUUUUAAUAAAGGAGUAUCUGCUGAGUACCUCCGAAGAUAACUCGAUCCGAGUGUGGGACCUGAACACGUACACGCUGGUGCACACGUACCUGAUGGACGAGGACAGGUUCUGGGCAAUUUCAAAGUCGAGGCACAGUAACUACAUAACAGCUGGCCACGACUCGGGUCUGAUAGUGUUCAAGCUGUACAAGGAGCGUCCGCUGUUUACGUUGAGCCCGACGGGCGAUAGGAACAUGUUCUACUACGCCUGGAACAACCACGUGUACGUGAACAACCUGGAGAACGAGUGUAACUCCUUCUACAAGGAGCUGCUGCAGUACGCGAACAGGACGAACGCGAGUCCGAGUAAAAACAAGGAGCUGGACCUGAACACGCUGUACUACAAGUGGCUGGAGACGAACAGCUCGAACAACCUGGUGAGUGGCCCCGAAAACCACGAGAACAAGCUCGUGUUCAACUGCCCAAGCGGAACGUACGCGUCGCAGAGGAGACUGAUAGCGUCGCUGACGGAGGAGAAGAAGAACAACGUGCCCUUCAAGCUCUUGCUCAACCCGUACGUGAAGGACCGCAUACUGCUGAUGGUGCUCUACUCACACGGGAAGGGGACCUUCAUGGAGGUGUUCUCGUGCUACAGAGGGAGCCUGGAGUACAGCUUCAAGAGGACCUGCACGUCGGCAGCCUUCGUAAGUAACCUGCACAUGGUGGCAGUGGACAAGAGCAUAAUGCUGUAUAACCUGAAGGGAGACAUAGUAUCGGAGCUGAGUCUGACGCCGAAGCAAGUUGACGGAGCGGCGCAGCAGACAAGUCAGCACGCGAAUAAGACAACGGGGCACUCGCCGGUAAAGGAGAAGGAGACAAGCGGGUUGAAGGUGUACAACGUGGACGUGAACAGGCUGCUGUUCUUUAACACAAAGCUGCAGACGCUGUACCUGUUCAACACGGCGACCAAGGAGGUGAUUAACCAGCUUACGUCACCAUUCGGGAACCUGAGUGACGUGGUGGUUAACACGUACGGCUUCAUAUGCUGUAUGUUCAACAACUACGUGGUCAUCUACGACGGAAACAUGAAUCGAAUGACCUACAAGCAGCAGUUUACGCGCAUCAAGUCGGCGAUAUGGCACAAUAACACAUCGGUGAUAUACACAACGUACAACCAGGUGCACUAUUUGUUGAUAAACGGCGGUUUCGGAGUUCUAUCGACCAUGGUAUCGCCAAUGUACUUGAUAAAGGUAGUUGACGCCGUGGACAACAAGCACGUGUUGUACCUGAUCAACAGGCAGCACAGGUGCUUCAAGCACCUGCUCGACUCUCCAGAUUACUCACUCAAACACUCGCUGCUGUUGAACGACCUCGACACUGCGAACACGCUGAUCAACUCGGGGCAGCUGGCUAGCAGGUUCACCUGCUCGUACCUGAUCAAGGACAGGAGGUACGAGCUCGCGAGGAAGCUGUUGACGGACAGCGUCACAAAAUUUUACCUCUCAGUUCAGUUCGGGAACCUGCAGCACGCCCUGAGCGACGCGAAGGAGAUAAACAACAAGGCGCUAUGGAAUUACUUGGGAGACGUUUCUAUGGAGUUGGGAAAUGUAACCAUAGCAGAGCUGGCAUACCAAAAGUCAAAGCAAUACAAUAAACUCACGCUGUUAUAUUUGACAAUAGGUGACUUCGGAAAGUUGAGGAAGAUGUUAAACACAUGUAAAAUACACAAUAACAAAUCGCUACUACUGUUACACGCACUGUACCUGGGUGACAUGGAGGAGCUGAGUAACGUGCUCAGUGAGAAUGGACACGAACACCUGGCAAAAAUAUGUAACGACACGUACAUGAUCAACGACUAUGACAAGGGCCACCGCCCAGACGAGAAUUCGAAGUAUAUGAUGCCCCCGAAGCCUAUAAACAAGCUGGAAGGAGACAUGUUGAACUGGAACGUCAGCUACGUCGAGUCGAAGGAGGUUAAGUUUAACAUUGACGACAUACUGGCGUCGAUGAAGCUGGAGCAGCAGGCGGAGCAGCAGGACGAAAGGAUCCCAGAGCACGUGGAGCACAUGAUCGAGAGGCAGCUGAGCGACCUGGUGCUGGGAGGAAGCCAGGACUUCAAAGUAGUUAAGCUGCAGCUGCAAGACUACGAGGUGGUGGAGGGAGGAGGAUUCAAGCUCAUCCUCAUGAAGGAGGACAUGGCGGACCUCUUCGGAGAGAUAUUGGAGGACAGCGGAGACUUCCACGAAAUGGAGUUCAAGGAGGUGGCGCAGGAGGAGCCGGAGGACAUCUGGGAGGCGCUGGACCCGGCGCAGUCGGCGUCGAACGAGCAGAGGCUCUUCGAGCUGCUGAAGAAGAAGGACUUCACGUCCUCGCUGAACUUCCUGAACCAGCUGUACGGCGAGGUCAACGUCGACGUGCUGAAGGACGCGCUCCAGCACGUCGACUUCACGCGCUACAGCUCGCUGCAGCAGGUGAACACGAACGCGCUGAACGAGAAGGUGAACAGGAUGCUCGCGCACUUCCAGAACGCGGAGCUCGAGGCCUGCGUCAACCUGCUCGGCUUCCUGAUGCGGGAGCUCUUCCUCUACAGGACUCUGGACCUGAACGUCGGGCGCGUCGUGGAGCUGUGCUACUGGUACGCGCUCGCCGCGAAGCUCGAGUUCGAGCGCAGCGCGCACGCGGACUCGGACGCGAAGCGGAGCCUCGAGCUGGCGGCGUACCUGACCUGCUGCAGGCUCGAGCCGGGCCACAUGUACCUGGUGCUGCGCAAGAUCAUCGGCGUCAUGUGGAAGGCGAAGAACUACCGCACGGCAGCCGCCAUGGUCACGCGCCUCCUGAAGCUCGACACCUCGCAGUUCAGCGUCGAUCAGGCGGAGAUGGAGAAGGCGCGCAAGAUCCACGCGCUCUGUCUGCAGAAGGGCACGAACCAGUACGAGUUGGACUUCGCCGAGGAGGACUUCGGGAACCUCCUGAUUUGCACGGUGUCGCUCGCGAAGCUCCGCAGCGAGCCCACGGUGACCUGCGUGUUCUGCAGGUCCUACGCGUUCAGGAAGUACCUGGGCCAGUUCUGCAAGGUGUGCCAUCUCGUGAAGCUGGUUUAA